AUGGCAGCGGGUGACGGUAAUAUUAACUGUAACAAUGAACCGAUGGAUGAUGAGACAGAUAUGACACUGAGAGAGAACGACAAGAGAUUACAUCGGAAUCUCUUCGACUUGAAUGAAUUUGAUGUAGACUCAGAAAUUAUAGAUCUAAAUCAGUGUCGCGUAGAUGCUAUUCCAGAUCUGUCAAGAUUCUCCCAGUUAAAGGAACUUUGCAUGCGACAAAAUUUAUUAGUAUCACUCAAUGAUCAUCUUGCAAUCACUACUCUUACUCAACUUGAUUUAUACGACAAUCAGAUUGAGGUUAUUUCAAAUCUCGAUGCACUGAUUAAUCUUGUAAUUCUUGAUCUAAGCUAUAAUCGUAUCAGAAAAAUCGAAGGUUUAUCUGCACUGUGUAAUUUGAGACGUAUCUAUUUGGUGCACAAUAAAAUUGAAAAAAUUGAUGGUUUAGAAUCACUCGCGAAACUUGAAGUGCUUGAACUUGGUGAUAAUCGAAUCAAGAAGUUAGAAAACAUUGGACAUUUGCAAUGUCUUCGUGAGCUGUACAUUGGUAAAAAUAAAAUUCAGAAGUUUGAAAACUUGGAAAGUCUGGUCAAACUUACUGUACUUAGUGCUCCGGCUAAUCGUUUAACUGAAUUAAGUGGUAUUUCGAUGCUUAGUGAACUCACCGAGCUUCAUAUCAGUGACCAAGGAAUUGAAUCUUUGACUGAAUUGACGUUUCAGAAAAAGCUAGCAAUAAUUGAUGCAGCCAACAAUAAGAUUACUAAAUUGGAUGGCCUUAUUCAUUUAGAUCACUUGGAGGAUAUAUGGUUAAACGACAAUGAAAUAUCAGAUUGGAACGAGUUAAUAAAGCUUUCCAAGUUAUCUGCUUUGAAGACGAUCUACCUGGAAAGAAACCCUAUUUAUAAAGUAGAUCGGGGUAGUUAUCGGAGGAAAGUAAUGUUAUGCUUACCUCAAGUGACUCAAAUUGAUGCCACUUUAUGUCGUUGA